CACACAAUAAACAUUGAACAUCCCACGAUGGCGGUUAUUGGUAUACCAAAAUAUACUCCAUUAUUUUCGAUGUUUUGCAUUCAGGUUCGAUUCUUCCUAGCAUACCUCAACGGAAACUUCAAAGUGAAUAAAGAAGAAAUGAUGGAAGACGUUCAAAAAUAUUUGAAUGAUUGCAAACAAUCUGGAAAACCGCCACAUAUGGAACUCAAAGAACAAUUCAAAAAAUAUUUUGAUGACCUUGCAAAAACAGCAAAUAUAAAAGAGAUACAACCAGCGAUUUUGAAAAUGCAUGAAUUUUAUAUGAACGAAGGAGUGGGAAAAUUUGAUUUGGUAUAUCGAAUAAUAAACGAUGAAGAGUUCGAACAAUUCCCUUAUAAUAAUAACUAUUGCAGCGAUAAUGUGAAUUGAAAUGAGGAUUGAUCAAUAAACACAAUGAUUCUCAA